ACACGGGGAAAAUGUUAAAGACAAUUCUGAUGGAAGGAGAUGGACGCAUUGAAAGUAGUCAUUCGACAACGCGGCAUUGUCUUUCAUACAUUCUUCGCCGAAAGAAAGGGAUAGGAGCCAUGAUGAAAGGAAAGUUGCUGAAACAGUUUGGUAAGGUAGUAUGUACAAGAAGCAUCAUAUAUGUCGAACAAGAGAGGGUUCACCAGGAUCCAUCUUCGAAUUCGGCAGUGUCGGCGUUUGAGGUUGAAGAAUUGAAAUCUGAGGGGAAAUGGAAACUACAUGGAGGAUAUGAGAAUGCCGGUGACUUAGAGCAUAACCUGCUUCCAAAAAGAAAGUGGUCAGACGAACUUCCUGAACGCUUCGAAGUAGGACAAGAUAAUCUUGCGAUUGAAUGUCGUCGAAGUCGCGGCGAUCUUGUAAAAGAUCGGGAAAGAUCCUCGCAUGAGUAUGCCCGGAAUGAUUUUAUUCGCUAUCAGCGCGAUGAGCUGGAUGUCGGAGGGGACAUCUCUGUAACGUCGCUAUUUCCAAUCUUAUUCUCUCCGGCGACGAUUAACCCAUAAGGCUGUCUAGUCCUCACCAGUCUGUCCCUCUUCGUAUAUCCCAAACUGCGGAGGAGCAAGAAAGCGAAGUCUGUCGU